AUGCGUUCCCGUAGCAACAGUCUGGAGGACACAGCAAAGGCGAGAGGAAGAGCAGGACAGCAAGCGUCUGAGCGUGAGGAGACGUGUCGCAGGUCGAGACGGGCUUCAGGGGAUAUGGACACCGUUCAGAGGAACUACACGGACGGACGACACCGAGCACAGAGAGAGAGAAUCACAUCAUCAUCAGCAUCAUCAGCAGCCAAAAAGAGCAGAGACCUGUCGAGAGAUGACCUCGUCUUCCUCCUCAGUAUGCUGGAAGGAGAACUACAGGCCAGAGAUGAGGUGAUCAGUGUUCUGAGAGCAGAUAAAAUCGAUCUUGCUCUGCUGGAGGCCAAAUACGGUUUUGUGACGCCACAGACGGUUCUUAAAGCGCUGCAGAGAGACGACGUCCAGAGCAAAAACAGUGUCUGGCAGGAGGACAUCUACGAGAAACCCAUGACGGAGCUGGACAGACUGGUGGAGAAACAGCGUGAAACAUACAGACGCAUGCUGGAACAACUGCUGAUGGUGGAACAAGCUCACAGACAGACGCUCCACAGACUGGAGAGCGAGAAGAGAAACCACAAGGACUUCAUGAGGAAGAGUGAUGAAUUCACCAGCCUGCUGGAGCAGGAGAGAGAGAGAUUGAAGCUGCUGGUCGAUCAAGAAAUAAAUCACCAGGAGAAAAAGGAAGAAGAGAACAACAAGAAAGUCACAAAUCUGAAGGACGAGCUGUCCAAGCUGAAGUCUUUCGCGCUGUUGGUCGUGGAUGAACAGCAGCGCGUCACAGAGCAGCUGAGCCAACAGACGACAAAGAUCCAGGAACUCCAGAGCACUGCCGCUCAGACUCAAGAGGAGCUGAGCGCCACCCUCGGCCGACUGGACGAGGAGGAGAGCAAAGUCCUGCGCAUAGAGGAGGAGUUACGCAACCAGGCCUGCCAUUUCCACCAGGAGCAGGAAGCCAUGACGGCCAAACUGAACAAUGAAGAUGCUCAAAACAGACAGCUGCGGCAGAAGCUCUCCUCACUCAGCCGACAGCUAGACGAUCUUGAAGAAACCAACAAGACCUUGCACAGGGCAGAGGAGGAACUCCAGGAGCUGCGGGACAAAAUAAGUCGUGGGGAGUGCGGCAACUCCAGCCUGGCGUCUGAAGUGGAAGAGUUGAGGAAACGAGUGCUGGAAAUGGAGGGGAAGGAUGAGGAGCUGAUCAAGAUGGAGGACACGUGCAGGGACCUGAACAGAAAGCUGGAGAAAGAGUCCAACCAGAGCCACAGCUUAAAAGCGGAGGUGGACAAGCUGAAUCACAGGAUCAUGGAGCUGGAGAAGUUGGAGGACACUCUGGGCAAGAGUAAACAGGAGUGCCGUUCAUUGAAAAGCAAUCUGGAGAAAGAGCGUGCUACGACCAAACACAUGUCCAGUGAACUCGAUGUGUUACGAGUCCGAAUCAAAGAGCUCGAGGCUGUCGAGGUCCAUUUGGAGAAGACAGAGCAGACGCUGAAAGAGGACCUGACCAAACUGAAAACGCUCACAGUCAUGCUCGUGGACGAGCGCAAAACCAUGUCCGAAAAACUGAAGCUGAUGGAGGAUAAAGUGCAAAAGAGCACCGGCAAACUGCAGGCGGAACAAGACAUGGUAAACACUGUCACGGAGAAGCUGAUCGAAGAGAGUAAGAAGACGCUGAGGUCAAAGGCUGAGCUGGAGGAGAAGAUGUGUGUCGCCACUCGAGAGAGGGAUGAACUCAAAGGUCAGCUCAAAGUCGAGGAAGAGAAGAACACUGACCUUCAAUCAAAAGUUAGCAUGAUGAAGAAAAGACUUCAGUCCUUGGAGGCGGUGGAGAGAGAACUGCUGAGGAACAAAUCCAAAGAGGAGAACACAAAGACUUCGCUUCCUUACCACUACCAACAGGAAGACAACAAAGUCAAAGACUUGACGCAGGAAGUAGAACGCCUCCGUAGGAAGCUGAAGGACAUGAAGGUGGUAGAAGGUGAUCUCUUAAAGACAGAGGGGGAAUUUGAAUCGCUGGAAAAGAGAUAUUCCAACGAACACGACCGGGCAAAAGCUCUGAUGGAGGAACUGGAGAUGUCCAGGAAGGAGCUUUCCAAAUACCAGCUGGCUGAGAAAGAAGAAUCCAAUCAAGAGCACGUGCUGUAUAAGCGUCUCAAAGAGGAGGAGGCCAAAUCCAGUCAUCUGACUCGAGAGGUAGAAGCUCUGAAAGAGAAGAUCCAUGAGUACAUGGCCACAGAGGAGUCCAUCUGCCGCUUGAAAACGGACCACGCUACCCUACAGAGAAAACUCUCCCAGCAAGAGGUUCGGAACAAAGAGCUGGCCAGAGAGAUGGAGUCGCUCACGCGAGAACUCGAGAGAUACCGUCGUUUCAGUAAAAGUCUACGUCCAGGCAUGAACGGAAGACGCUUCUCAGAUCUCCAAGUGUCAUCAAAGGAGGUGCAGACCGACCCGCCAGACACUCUGUCCCCAAACUACAGGAACCUUCCACCACUGGAGCGCGCUCUGGUCAAUGGCAGAUUGUACGUAGAGAAUGAUCUGGAGGACCAAGUCAAUUACAAUGAGGUAAACCUCACAAAAUGCACUCAGACACCUAUCAACAAUGUCAACAAUCUCAACAACAACAACAUGAGGAGAUCUCGGGGGCCUUUGCUUAAAGCUAGAGAGCAUCAUCAUCCAAUGAACAGCGGCCAUAUUCAACAAAGCGACGUGUUCCUUACACACACUCCUGGCCAACCUCUCCAUAUCAAAGUGACCCCUGACCACGGGCACAACACGGCCACUCUAGAGAUCACAAGUCCCACCGCCGAGAGUGCUCAGUCCUUCACCAGCACUGCAGUCAUCCCCACGAGCGGCACUCCUCCCAAACAGAGGAUCACCAUCGUUCAGAGUCCGUCCAUCUCGCCUUCAAGCAAGGCCAAGGGUUCGCCUCCCCCCGAGGGUCCCUGCGGCCCCGGCACGCCUGAUCGUUCCAUGUCACCACUCACCUUGGCUGCCUAUUCCCGUUCUCUGACCUCUGACUCCUGUGGAUCGGUAAGCCCGGACCGAGCCCUGUCUCCCAUUCAGAUAGUGUCCGUUACCACCGGCUCCCCUGACAGGUCGCAAUCCGUCGAGGCCCCAGAGCUCACGGGAGGUCAUAGCGUUUUCCGCGUGAGCCCAGAACGGCAGAGCAGCUGGAAGCUGCAGAGGUCCAACAGCUCGGGUCCCAACGUCAUAACCACUGACGACAACAAAAUCCACAUUCACUUAGGAAGCCCGUACAUUCAAACUGUGAACGCCACGGCCCAAACCAUCGCCCCCUAUUACUCGCUCGGGCCGGAGCAGAGAGUUCCCAUACUGACCAAUGGCUCCACAGCCAAGAGCAACAGCAAAAUUACCAGCAGCAUUGUGAUAAAGCCCACAUCCGGCCCCAUCUCACGACCCGCACAAAUUACAGUUCCUCUGGAAUCAUUCCGUCGUCCUGGACCGACCAGAAUUCCCAAACCCAAAGGUCACAAUUCAGCAGCAAAAGGGUCAAACAGUGGCGCUCAAACUGCACUGAAUCAUGGGAAACGUGUCCAACCUCAACAUGUAAAUCAAGCCACCAAAUCAUGAUCACAUCCAAUUAUCAUGAAGAAAAAGACUUGUUGUUUAUUUCACCUUUGUUUUUUUGUUUAGAGACUUUGUAUCUAGUUUAUGUUCACUGUUAAACUACUGACCUUUAUGUUUAUGGUGCUGAAUGUAAGUGUAUUUUUAAAAGACAUGUAAUUAAAACUCAC